CCCUGCCUCCGCUAACCCCCAGCAUCUCCGCAGUCUUCUGGCUGUGUACCCCGCCACAACCACGCACACAACACUGAGAAACCGCAACCAUGUCUGUCGUUGGCGUUGAUUUGGGCGCCUUGAACACGGUCAUUGCCGUCGCGAGGAAUCGAGGUGUCGAUGUGAUCACAAAUGAAGUCUCCAACCGUGCUACACCGUCGCUGGUAGGCUUCGGUCCCAAGAGCAGAUACCUCGGCGAGGCUGCGAAAAACCAGGAGAUCUCAAAUCUCAAGAACACCGUUUCGUGCUUCGUCCGACUCGCUGGCCGCCAGCUCAACGAUCCCGAUGUCCAGCACGAGAAGAACUUUGUGUCGGCGCCCCUCGUCGACAUCGAUGGCCAAGUUGGCGUCGAGGUCAACUACCUGGGCAAGAAGGAGAAGUUCACCGCGACCCAGAUAACGGCCGCCUUCCUCACCAAGAUCAAGCAAACCGCCUCCAACGAGCUGAAGCUUCCCGUUUCCGAUGUCGUCCUCAGCGUACCCGUCUGGUUCACGGAUGCGCAGCGCAGGGCUAUCCUCGAUGCCUCCGAGAUUGCAGGACUCAAGGCUUUGCGGUUAAUCAACGACACCACUGCCACCGCCCUCGGUUGGGGCAUCACCAAGACCGAUCUGCCCACCGCCGAGGAGAAGCCCAGGCGAGUCAUGUUCGUCAAUAUCGGUCAUAGCAACUAUACUGCGACGGUGGUCGAGUUUAGGAAGGGCGAGCUCACUGUGAAGUCCACGGCCUGGGACCGUCACUUCGGUGGUCGCUACAUUGACCAGGCUCUGGCCGAGCAUUUCGCCAAGGAGUUCAAGGAGAAAUACAAGAUUGACGUCUUGGAAAACCCCAAGGCAAAGUUCCGCCUGAUGGCCGGUAUCGAAAAGCUGAAGAAGAUCCUAUCCGCAAACACGCUUGCGAACCUGAAUGUCGAAUCGAUCAUGAACGACCUCGACGUACGAAGUGUGCUGAAGCGCGAGGAAUUCGAGGAAUUGAUCAAACCGCUUCUCGACCGUGCCCACGUACCUCUGGAGCAGGCUCUUGCCGAGGCCAAACUGCAAAAGGAGGACAUCGACGCCAUCGAGAUGAUUGGCGGAUCCACUCGUGUCCCGGCUCUCAAGACCAUCAUUGCCGACUUCUUCGGAAAGCCGCUGUCGUGGACUCUGAAUCAGGAUGAGGCUGUCGCACGCGGUUGCGCAUUCAGCUGCGCCAUCAUGUCGCCUGUGUUCCGUGUCCGCGAUUUCUCGAUUCACGACAUUGUCAGCUACCCGAUCGAAUUUGCUUGGGAGAAGACCGAGGACAUUCCCGACGAGGACACUAGCUUGACCGUAUUCAACAGGGGCAACGUUUUGCCGUCUACGAAGAUAUUGACGUUCUACCGCAAACAUAAUUUCGAUCUCGAGGCUAGGUACGCCAAGCCUGAGCUCCUUCCCGGCAAGACCAACCCCUUCAUUGGCCGUUUCUCGGUCAAGGGUGUCCAGGCCGAUGCUAAGGGUGAUUUCAUGAUUUGCAAGCUGAAGGCAAGAGUAAACCAGCACGGUAUCCUCAGCGUUGACUCUGGAUACUAUGUGGAGGAGGUCGAGGUCGAAGAGCCGAUCCCGGAACCUCCCAAGGAGGAAGGCAAGGAGGGCGAUGCCAUGGAUGUCGACAAGAAGGACGAGAAGCCCAAGAUGCGCAAGGUCAAGAAGCAGCAGAGGAAGGGAGAGCUUCCUCUCUCUUCAGGCACCGCGGCCUUGGAUGAGUCCACCAAGCAGGCCGCUGCUGAGAGGGAGAACCAGAUGAUCAUGGAGGAUAAGCUGGUUGCAGAUACGGAGAACCAGAAGAACGAGCUUGAAUCGUUCAUCUACGAGCUCAAGGACAAGAUCAUCGGUGUCUAUGCCGAGUUCGCCAGCGAUGAAGAGAAAUCGAAGCUGAAUGCCAAGCUCGAGACUGUUGAGGAUUGGCUAUACGAUGAGGGUGAAGACGCCAGCAAGGCGCAGUAUGUCAGCAAGUACGAGGAAGUCCGGUCCAUUGCCGGUCCCAUCAUCCAGCGGUACAACGACAAGAUCGAGGAGGAGCGGCAAGCGGUGCUCAAGAAGCAGCAGGAAGCCGCGGCCGCCAAGCAGGCCGAGAUCGAGCGGAAAAAGCGUGAGGAGGAGGCCAAGAAGCAGGAGGCUGAGCAGAAGGACACGGAGAUGUCCGAUGCCGACAACGUGAAGCCUGACGAGGUCGAGGAAGCUUCUUAGAGCAUUUAACGGCAUCUACUUUUGAAUUCGGUUAUAGAUAUCGGGAUUGAAGGGACGGGCUUUCCUAACGAGGAACGAUGACUGGCAUAGGCGUUGUGUAAACGCAUUCGAAGCCCACGAAAAGCGGGUAGUCAUGAAGUAAUUGGCUUUUUAUUUCUGUCUCUCCCAUUUCUUUUCAAGGUUAUCGAGUGGUGUUGCUUUGGGGUGGUGGUUUCGAUCAUAGUAAUGUGCUUAUGAUAGACAGAUCCAGUCCAAGGUUCACGAUAGAUGGGAAUAUAAAGAUCACACUCCCGCG